UGCCGCCGCGGCCAUGGCCGCCCCCAGCCCUGAGCCCGCAGCCUCGGCCCGAGGGGGCCCCCGCGGCCCCGCCGCCCCGUGAGGCCUUCCCGCCGCUCUCCCAAAAUGGCCCGGGGGGCCGGCGAGGCGGCCGCGGAGGGGGAGCUGGUAAGGAAUGACCUGUCUGUGAUAAACUGGGAGUCAGACACAGCAAUGAAGUCAAAGAAGAAGAUUUUUCACAAGCCCCCAAAGUCACCAAAGUCUCCCUACAGCUCAAGCACACAACUGUAUCCCAAAAAAGCUGCACCUUGGAGAUCUCUGCAGGGAACGAGCAGUGCUUGUUUUGAGAAUGCAGCUGUUAAAAAUCCAAGGCAGAUGUGGCUGGGAUCUCUGAAACAAGGAUUGAGCCAUGCUCUGAAAUCAGAUGUUGACACAGGGCAUGUGCGAGCUAACGUUUCCAGUAGCACUCCAGAGUAUUUGAAGGAAGCUCUAGGAAUGAAAAAGCCCAAACAUUCUCGUUCUUCCAGUAAUGGCUACAUUCCUGGAACUCCUGACUACAAAGAGAAAGAAGAUAUGUAUGAUGAAAUUAUGGAUCUGAAAAAGACAGUACAGGCUCAGAAGAAUGAGGGAGACCGAAUGAAAACAAAACUCCGUCGACUGGAAGAGGAGAACAAUAGAAAGGAUAAACAGAUUGAACAACUGCUGGAUCCUUCCAGGGGCUCUGAGUUGGCACGAGCUUUGUCAGAAAAGAAGACUGAUAAUGGAUGGGUGGUUACUGGAUUAAAGCAGAAGAUUGUCAAGCUCGAAGAGCAGUGCAAGGAGAAAGACAGCACUAUUAAUGAAUUCCAGGCAGACAUGAAGACCAAUAAUUUGGAAGAAGUGAGGUUAGCCAUGGAAACCUACUAUGAAGAGGUUCAUCGCCUCCAACUGCUCCUGGCCAAGUCUGAGACUAUGAGGAAAAAUGCAGAGGGCAGAGACACCCAAAAACGACUGAAGGCUCUGAAUGCUGCUGUGCUGAGGCUGUCCAGGAACAUGAAGGAAUUGCAGGCUGAGAAUAGGAGGCUGAAGGAAGAUCUGGAUCAUGUGCUGAGCAGUUCCCCUCCUCCCAGUAAAACCAAAAAUUAUAGUGAGUGGAGCAGACAGAGGCUGGUGAGGAGGAUUUCAGAUCUAGAAAAAAAAGUGUGUGCCAUGGAGAGCAGCAGGGUGUCCUCAGCUGAUAGUGAGGCAUCACAAGUGCUUGCUGUGUCAUCUUCAUCUUCUGUGGACCUGGAUCAUCCAGCAUCCCAACAUUUAGACCAUGGUGAAGAAUGCUGUCGCCUCCAAAGGCUGGUGAAGAAACUGAAGAGUGAUAAGAAGGCACUUCAGAAUCUCCUGCUCAGUAAAGAAUUAGAUAUCCAGCAGUUACUGCAGGCUAAGGCUGAAGUGGAGCUGGAGCUGCAGAAGUGGCAGAGUAAGAUGGAAGAAAAGAGUACAGAAGAGCAGACUUUAAGUGAGGAAAUUCAGAACCUGACCCAGAAAAUAGUGAAACUGGAGUUAAAACUGGAGGAAGAGAAAAGACAAAUGGCAGAAGAUACGGUGGAAAACCUUAAUAAGGCUCCACCAGUCUGCAUAGUUACAGGCAAAGAAAAUCACAGGAAAGAUCAAGCAGCCAAAAUUAUCCAGAGAUACUGGAAGAUGUACAAAACCAAGAAAGAAGAAAUUGCUCUGGAUGAGGCAGUUGUUCUGCUGCAGGCAGCCUUCAGAGGACAUUUAUCCCGACAGAAAGUGCUGCUGCAUGUUGGGGUGCCUGAUGCAAAGUCUCUCACUGAGAACUCCUGCUCUUCCAUGUCAGACUCCUUGAGCUUUUCUUCUGAUUGCAAGGAGGGUGAUGAGAUUGUGACAUUCAUCCAGUCCAUUUUCAGGGCUCACUUAGCACGUACAGGACUGCUUCAGGAGAGGCUUUCUGUGCCCAGUGCAAAAGCAGAUCCUGCAAUUUAUAUCACAGAGAAGAAACCAGGCUCAGCAGCACUCCAGAGACCUUCAGUCUUCACAUCUCCUCUUCCUGGCAGGUGCUGCUCUGCUCCCUGUGUGCCCCUGGAUGAGGCUCACUCCGACGACUCCGACGACGUUGUUGUUGUCCCUCCCUUGCUGCAGGUGAAGAAAAGCUACAGCCACUUCUAAGGGAGCUGAGAACAGUAAAAAUCAGUGUGGCUUAACCCUGCCAAGAUAGACCCAAGACAAGCACACUUGUAUUCUGAAAAACAGGAAGCCCUGGAAACCUUGUGGGGGUGUCAAGGUCUUGAAUAAAAAUUAAACUCCCCUGUACCCUGUGUAAUCUAAAAGCACACUUUCCAUUCUGUUGAUAUGCAAUAAUGUUUCUGCAUUAAAACCUUCUGCAGUUUGCAGCAGUGUUAGUUAGAGAUUGUGUGAGUGCAGAGAUCUGACUUUAAUGGGACGUUAUCUCUCUUGAUCUCUUUUUGCCCUUAAGUGCCUUUGCCUGUAAAUCUUUACUGAGGCAUCAAGACCUGAAAUCUGUAUUGUUUCCUGCAUAGCUCUAAAAAUAAUCCCUACACAGGCAACUUCUAAUGUAGUCAAAAUGGAAAAGGAUUAAUCUUGGCAUAUGAGAGCACCAUUAAUUUUUAUGAUCUUUUUAAUAUUUAGAACUGUGCAAGUAUUUUAUAUAAUUUAUUUUGGGAUCUUUGAAAAGCUAAAACAAUUGCAGUGUAUUUUCUUUGAACUCUUGAAUUUUGAAAUAAAGUUUAUAACCAGAUGUUGA